AUGACAUCUGCACUACCUCCCCUCGUUCAGGCCUGCUCCGGAGCACUUGCAAGCGCAUCAGCGAACGCCAUCUCGUAUCCUCUGGAUCUAGUCGCAACGCGAGCACAGACAACUAGAUAUCCUCGUCUCAAAGAUCUAAGAGGUGCUCUCCGCAUAUUGAGGCACAUCGUCAACACGCAAGGGCUGUCUGGGUUGUAUGACGGACUGGCGACCGAUACCGCGUCAACGGUACUCUCGAACUUCCUCUAUUUCUACUUCUACACUGUACUACACGCGCUCGUGGCGCGCAGACGCGCCUCGCGCGACUCUUCCGUCCCUCUGCUCGCCACGCUCAAGAAGGCCAUCACGUCGCCGACCGCGCCAGUACUGCUCGGCGUGCCAACAGAACUGGCAGUGGGCUGGAUCGCGGGCAUCGCGAGCCGCGUAGUCUCGACUCCCCUCAGUGUGCUCACCGUGCGCUUGCAGAGCAGUGCCGACGACGAAGACGACUCGGAGGAACAACCCGCCGACUCGAAGGAGAAGAAGCGGGCGGGACGUCUCAGUCUCUGCGACGUCGCGCGGGGGAUCUAUGCCGAGCAAGGAGUCUCGGGAUUCUGGGCGGGCUUCGCCCCGACCCUCCCGCUCUGCCUAACCCCCGCCCUCACCCUUCUGCUCUUUCAACUCCUCCGCCGCAUCCGCCUCCCCUACACCUCCUCCUCCGCGACCACUCAGUCUCUCAGAGCCUUCCUGGAUGGCGCGUGCGCGAACGCGCUCGCGCUGGCUGCGCUCUACCCGCUCGUUCUCGCGAAGGUGCGCGUGCAGGCGUGGCGGAAGAGGUCGGGUGCGGUGGACGGGGAGAGCGCGCCGACGAUGGUGGACGUGUGGCGCACGGCGUGUGCGGAGCCGGGGCGCGGGUGGUGCGGGCUGUAUGAUGGGCUUGGGGCGCAGAUCGUGAAGGGGUUCGUGAACCAGGGGGUGACGAUGAUGGUGAAGCAGAGGAUCGAACACGCACUUGUGCGGAUGUAUCUGCGACGGUGUCAAGACUCGUUACAUUGA